UGUAAGCUCAUUACUGAUCAGUGUAAUGGACCUGCCAGAGGAGAUCCUUGCACAUAUUUUCUCAUUCCUGUCUCUGAAGGACAGGUACAUUGCCCUCACAGUAUGUAAAGCAUGGGCUAACGCUAUGACAUGUCCAGCUGUAUGGACACACACUGAGAUCAGGUGUGAGUCUGGAACUUGCAUGCCUCAUCUAUUCUCUAAUCGUCUGCCAUUGGUCAAGCACUUAAAGCUGAGUGUCAGUAUGACUGAACCCAUCAAUCGGAGAAGUGGACUCUGGGUGAUUCAGCAGGCAUUAGCUUCAGGUAGUGGCCAACUGAAUGCAUUGUGUGUUAGCUGUGUUGGGACCGCACCUUUGUUUUAUUCAGGGCAGGACCUGCUGCAGGGGCUGAUGGAUGUACUGACAGAUGGAUCAAAACUCACCAUGCUUGACCUAAGAGGUGUGCCCUUUACCCUCAAUGACAGCUUUGUCAAAAGCAUAGCAUUACUUUGCCCCACUCUGCAAAGCAUUUUCAUCAACAAUAGUUCACUUGUGUGCAGAGUAGUUGCUCAGACCGUGAGGGAAAUGCUAAAACUUUGCCCUGCCCUAAGCUCAAUUGGGCUAUUUCAGGCUAGCCUGUCUCAAGAUGUCCUAAAAGACCUCCUAGUCUCUGAGCGACCAAGUCUGAAGCAGCUCGAGCUGCACUGUGAGCGUUCUGUAAAAUAUGUUCCCCCUCUUAACGACCAGAUUUGGCAAGAGGUUAGUCGUAGGCACCCUUGUCUUAGGGUAGACCUUGAGUUGGACCACACACUACCAGAUCGACACAUUCGAAGAGUGCUUUACCCAAGUAUUCCUGUGCGACAACUUCACCUUCAUACUUGGACAUGCCUGUUACAUGAGCUGCAUCAGGUCACACUGAAUUAUGCAGCCACACUGGAGGUGCUGGGUCUGCAAACCUGUCCUUCACUUGAACUUAACAAAGCACUGAUACACUUGGCAACACAGUGCACGAAGCUCUGUGAGGUGCACUGUUACUGUGUGGUCUCCCAGGAGGUAAUAGCAGCAUUCUGCACACACUGCCCUGAUUUGCACAGAUAUACACUCAAAACAUUUAAGGAGCCACACCCCUGGACUUGCACCUUGCUUAAAUAACCUGCAAGUGCAUACAAACAUGCUUUUGUUGUUUUCUGAAUCUACUUGUUAUUUAUGUAAUGUGUAAUGUACAGUGAUUUGAUAGUGUAGAACAGGGGUGUCAAACUCAUUUUCACCGAGGGCCACAUCAGCAUUAUGGUGGCCCUCAAAGGGCCGACUGUAACGUAUUCUGCUGUGAUUGAAGUCUGUUGUUUUUCUUGGAGGCUAAAUUCUGUAUUUAUAUUGUCCUACUUUACCACAGACACGGCCUCAUAACACAAGAGACGCACCGUUUUCUCUUCCUGAAGCACAAACUUGUUUUCACUUUCAUUAAAUUUCCUCCUUAUGCUUAAUUUUCUUACUUAUCUUCUUGUACAUUUUAGGAUCAUGUGUAAAUAUGUGUAACAUUAUCUACUGGCGGGAUGUGUCACUUUGCAGGUCACAAAAUCAGCAUGCAUUUUAAAAGAUGCAGUUUGUUUAGGAUUUUACAGUAUAUUUUUAAGAUAUUUUUAAUAUUAUAUAUUCUGCCCUCACUAAUAGUUUAUCCCCCUUUCACAGACAGACAGACAGCUCUCUUCAGAAUACAGUCGGUU